AUGUCAGGAUAUCCAUCUACAUCGCAGACGCUCCAAACGUAUGGCGACUGCGUCUCGUCUCUGCGCACCUCGCUCUCCUUCCUCGAGUCGUCCGUUCAAACCCUGGACUCGGGCGUCGCCGACUUUCCACGAUUGUGCAACGUGCUCAAGACUGUCCGCCACUACGAACUCAUCCCCGCAACCACCCUCUCCGCCGCCGAGGCUUCCCUCCGCUCCGAGAUCGGCCCCUUUGUGUCGCUGCUCCUCGACCGCGCAGACGGACACCUGGACAGGCAGGCGCGGCGGAUCGAGACGCUCAAGGCCCGCGCGGAGCUCCAGGCGGGUCGGCUGAGCUCGUCGUCGCGGCCUGGGGGCGAGGACGAAGCCGCCGCGCGGAGGAAGCCGUCGGGUAGCAAGGCAGGGUCUGCAGCGGGGCGGAGGAAGCUGCAGGGCGGCGCGGCGCUCAGGGCCAAGAUGGUCACGCAGCGCAAGGAGGCGCUCCAGUACGCCGUCGACAGGCUCGAGAGGGAGGUGGCGCAGAAGGAGAAGGAGUUGAGGUUGAGGCUUGGUGAGUGA